UGUGUCUUGAACUCAAAAUUGCGAUUCUGUCGUCUCAGUCAAUGCAUUGCACGUCCAGUAUACAUCAGCAAUCGAUUCAAAGACACUCGCUGUCUGUCUGAGUCUCUUACAAAAUCGACACGAAGGAAAAGAAAAGUGAGCAAAGGCACGGUCGAGAGAGCCGCCAGCCGCAAGAUGGAUCGGACGGACGUCAGUUCGGUCAGUGUGAGGUAUGGCGUGGCCAUUGUGCAUUCACCAGUCGCCCAUCCGGUAAUUGUCCCGGUCGUCACUGCCUGCCUCCGCGGACACACACACACACGGACACACACACACACACAGAGGUGGUCGUUUCAAUGAGCACGGCCCACUGGCAGUUGUUUCGUGUGUCCAUACCUUCCGCCUCCCCUCCCUCCAUGUCUGUUGCCGGCGCCGCCCCGCCCUGGUUCAGGUUAUUGUUGUUGUCGCCGAUGCCCUCGCCAGGGUUGUUGGGGAGGCGGACGACCAGGUGUGCGACGGUGUUGUGGGUCGUCAUGCGGUACUCGCCCAGGGUGUGGCCGUCCUGCAGCUCUUGGCCGUGACACACGAUGCGCUGGCGGCUCAUCUCGAUGCCCUCACUCUCCUGCACGGCCAGCCUCAACUCGUCAACAAGGCCCACACCUAGGCCAAGCCGAUGAGACACGGAUCACAUCGAUGCGUCUUGUCAAACUUGUAUGUGUGUGUUUGUGUGUGUGUGGCUCUUGUGUGUAUGCGCACCGUCGGCAGUGACGGAGUAGGCGGUCUGCUCUCCGCUGAUGCGGCGCAAGUAGAUGGUGAUGAAACGCUUGUUGGCACGCUUGAUGUGGUGGGGUGUGCCGUCGCCGAUGAUGUGGCGGGGGGGUGAUGCGCUUGAGGAAGUCACGGUGCCACACCAUGCCGUAGCCACGGUUCCAGCCAUGGUCCCUGGAGACACACAGACAGAGGGGGUAUAAGUGUCUUCAUCCAUUCACACACACACGGGAGGAGUGUUUCUCUUUCUUAUUCACCAGUAAUAGUCGUACGCGAAUUGCUGCUUGAAUGCGUCGAGUGCCUCAUGACGGCGCGCCUGCCUCUCCCACUCGCUCAACUCCUCAUGCAAAGGGUCGCUGCACGCACACACCAGACAAAACACCACACACAUGGAUGGAUGGACGGAUGGAUGGCCAAAUGCACGUGUCGUUGCUCACUGGUUGAUGAUGUUGACGUCGAGCAUCUGGCACAUGGACAGGUACAUGCGAGGAAACAGCAGUGCCUCGCGCCACACGAUGUCGAGGUGAGCAGGCAGCAUCAGGCGGCCUCGACGGUCAUUCACCCGAACCUUCUGCACAGUGCACACAACACCACAACACACACAGACCAACACAAACGGAUGCAUUGAAUCUGCCGCUGAUUCCCUCCUCUUUCUGUACGAGCAGCAUGAAGAGUAGCCAGUCGCGAACGGCCUCUCGAACGUCACACACUCGAUAGCCCUGCACCUUCAGCCGAUAGAUCACAUCUGCACCACAUAUCCAUACAUUCAGCACAAAGAAGGACGGCAUUUCACAACCAGUUGCCCCUUUUUCAGUCGUGUUCGGCUCACCCGCCCACUGCAGUGUGCACAUUUGCUCGUAGUACGAUGCGAGGUGGGAGGGGAGGUCGUGGUCGAGCGGCGCCGGACGCUCAAUGACGUCCAUCUGAGAGGUGGUGGUGCACGUGGAGAGGUCCAAGGUACGGUCAAUGGAUUGGAAAUACAAUCACAACAGAACCUUCUUGCCUUUUGGAGAAAGAAGGAGGGUACAAAAUCAGCGGAUGAACGAGAUGAUGUGCGGAGAUGAAUAUCUGGCAUACUCGACCGGCUCGCGUGGUUGUAAACAGGCGAGGCGAGAUUUUCGAGACAACCCCUGCAAACCCUUUAUUUUUUGUGCAUCCGGGAGGUUUCUCCACUCCGGCUUCUUUGCUGUUUACUUACCCUGGUGAAGCGGUGCAUUUUCUGCGAAGGGUCGCCGUCCGAAGGAGCACGGGAG